CAUCGGUGAUUGAUAAUCAGUUUGACCUUGUUUACGUUUUUAUUUAAUCGUUAAUUGUUGAUCUUUUUUAGAAAAAAAAGUUGAUUAUUAUUGUUAAUUAUUUUUCGAAUAAAUUUAUUCCAUUUAAACUGUGAUCAAAUAUGUUUCCACGUUCCCUGAGGCUUUCACAUAGGUUUUUAUCUACUGUUAACUCAUCAACUUUUAAGGCUGACAAUCUUAGAGUAACUUUAUGUUCACCAGAAAAGCGUAAACCCAAACCUGAUGAUCCAAAUACACACAAAUUUGGAACUUUAUUUACUGACCAUUUACUAUCAAUCAGAUGGACUCUUGAAAAGGGUUGGGACGAUCCAGAGAUUAUCCCUUUUCAGAAUUUUAGUCUUCAUCCUGCAACUAAAACUUUACAUUAUUCUCAAAACCUUUUUGAAGGUUUAAAAUGCUACCGUGGGGAUGAUGGUAAGAUUAGACUUUUUCGACCUGAAAAGAACAUGGAGAGGAUGGUUACUAGUGCUAAAAGAGCUUCUCUCGCAACAUUUAAUCCUGAUGAAUUACUCAAGUGCCUUAAAAAGUUUAUAAUGGUUGAUGCUGAUUGGGUUCCAUCUCUUCCAAACACUUCCCUGUACAUACGGCCAACUUUCAUGGGAAUCGAACCAACUUUAGGUGUUAAUUCAGCUGACGAAGCUCUUUUGUUUGUAAUAUUUAGUCCCGUUGGUGCCUAUUUUGGUACUAAAAUAGUUCCGGUUUCACUCUUAGCCGAUCCUGCUUGGGUUCGAGCUUGGCCUGGAGGCGCUGGUUCAAAUAAAUUAGCUUCCAAUUAUGGACCCACUUUAUCAAUACAGAAAAACGCCGUAAACAAGGGAUGUCAUCAAGUCUUAUGGUUAUUUGGAGAUGACGAACAAUUAACUGAGGCUGGUGCUAUGAAUAUCUUUGCAUUUUUGAUUAACGAUAAAGGAGAGAAAGAAUUGAUAACACCGCCAUUGGAACAAGGUGUCAUUUUACCAGGAAUUACUAGAGAUUCAAUUCUUACAAUUACAAGAGAUUGGAACCAAUUCAAAGUUACUGAGAGAAAAAUAACAAUGGACGAAGUGAUCAAGACUCUUGAACAAGGUCGAUUAUUGGAAAUGUUUGGAGCGGGAACAGCGGCUGUUGUCAGUCCAAUCAGUAGGAUUAACUACCAGGACAAAGAUUAUCUAAUUCCGACCAUGGAAAGUAAAGACGCGAUCGCACAGAAAUUAUUGAAAACAAUUAUGGACAUUCAAUAUGGUCGAAUUGAAUAUAAAAAUUGGACUCAAAUUGUUUGUUAAAAUGUAACAAUUCAAUUUCUACCAGAAGCACAAUCCAUCGUCAAAUUUUAAACUAAUACCAAUUGCCAACAAAUCAAAGUCAUUCCAAAAGUUUUACAAUAAUAACCAACAACUUAGUUCCGACAGCAAUAUAAUUAAUAUAAGAAAACCUAAAGAAACUUUCAAAACCAACUAAUUAUCCGUCAAACUAUCAAGAUGACAUUGAAACAAAUCAAAUCAAAUUAAUUGACAAAAACAAGUGUCAAAAACAACAACAACAACAACUAAUAUUAAGCAACUUGAUCAACAAACUGAUUUAAUGUUAUCGAUAUUAAACUAAUUAAUAUAACGA